GGUGGGCGGAAGUUGGGCGCACGUUUCUAGAAAUUUCAUGAGCGCUCGCCGAGUUUUCAUCAGAGCUCCUGUAAACUGCAUUUACCGCGGAUUGCCGUGAAGUCUUGUGUCCAGAGCACUGAGUAUCUCUUGUUGAGCAACCAGACACCGCACAGAAGUCAAAGAUGUAUCGCCUUCCCAGUGUGUUGAGGAUGUCGGCGGGGCGCCAGCUGGCGCUGCGCGGCUACGCCAAGGACGUGCGCUUCGGCGCCGACGUGCGGGCGACGAUGCUGAAGGGCGUGGACGUGCUAGCGGACGCCGUGGCGGUGACGAUGGGCCCGAAGGGGCGCAAUGUGAUCCUGGAGCAGAGCUGGGGCUCACCCAAGAUCACCAAGGACGGCGUGACGGUGGCCAAGGGCAUCGAGCUGAAGGAUAAGUUCCAGAACAUCGGUGCCAAGCUGGUGCAGGACGUGGCGAACAACACGAACGAAGAGGCGGGUGACGGAACCACCACGGCCACGGUGCUGGCCAGAGCGAUCGCCAAGGAGGGCUUCGAGAAGUGCAGCAAAGGCGCCAAUCCCGUGGAGAUCCGCCGCGGCGUGAUGCUGGCGGUGGAUUGCGUGAAGAGCAACCUCAAGGCGAUGUCGAAGAACGUCACGACGCCCGAGGAGAUCGCCCAGGUGGCUACAAUCUCGGCCAACGGUGACCAGGCGGUGGGGAAUCUCAUCAGUGAGGCCAUGAAGCGGGUGGGCCGCGAGGGCGUGAUCACGGUGAAGGAUGGCAAGACUCUGCACGAUGAGCUGGAGGUGAUUGAGGGCAUGAAGUUCGACCGAGGCUACAUUUCGCCGUACUUCAUCAACAGCAGCAAAGGCGCCAAGACGGAGUUCCAGGACGCCUUAGUGCUGCUGUCCGAGAAGAAGAUCUCCUCCAUCCAGUCCAUCAUUCCGGCACUGGAGCUCGCAAAUUCGCAGCGCAAGCCGCUCGUGAUCAUCGCUGAGGACGUCGAUGGCGAGGCUCUGAGCACGCUGGUGGUCAAUCGCCUGAAGAUUGGCCUCCAAGUGGCCGCCGUGAAGGCGCCCGGCUUUGGAGACAACCGCAAAGCCACGCUCCAGGACAUGGCCAUCGCCACGGGCGGCAUCGUGUUCGGUGAUGACGCUAAUCUCGUGAAGAUCGAGGACGUGCAGGCGGCGGACUUCGGUCAGGUGGGCGAGAUUGUCAUCACGAAGGACGAUACGCUGAUCCUGAAGGGCAAGGGCAAGAAGGACGACGUGGACAGGCGCUCAGAGCAGCUGCGCGAUCAGAUCCAGGACACCAGUUCGGAGUACGAGAAGGAGAAGCUGCAGGAGCGCCUGGCGCGUCUGGCGUCCGGCGUGGCGGUGCUGAAGGUGGGCGGCUCAAGUGAGGUGGAGGUGAAUGAGAAGAAGGAUCGCGUGAAUGACGCCCUGAACGCCACGCGCGCCGCCGUCGAGGAGGGAAUCGUGCCUGGUGGUGGAACUGCUCUGCUGCGCUGCAUCCCGGCGCUGAAUCAGCUCAAGGGCUCCAACGCUGACCAGUCCACGGGCAUUGAGAUCGUGAAGGGCGCUCUGCGGAUGCCCGCGAUCACCAUUGCGCGCAACGCCGGCGUCGAUGGGCCGAUGGUGGUGGCCAAAGUGGAGGAGCAGAGCGGAGAUUUCGGCUACGACGCCAUGAACAACGAGUACGUGAACAUGAUUGAGAAGGGCAUCAUCGAUCCCACCAAGGUCGUGCGGACGGCGCUCACCGAUGCCGCCGGCGUUGCUUCCCUGCUCACCACCGCCGAGGCCGUCGUCACAGAGAUCCCCAAGGAGGAGCCGCCGAUGGGUGGCAUGGGUGGCAUGGGUGGCAUGGGCGGCAUGGGCGGGAUGGGAGGAAUGGGCGGAAUGGGAGGCAUGAUGUAAAGUGUGUGAAUUCCAACCGAUAAGGGCAUAAUUUUAAGUCGCCAGUGUUCACUUGUCGAAUAAUCUUAAGGCAUUCUUUUCUAUCAACUAUGUUCGGCAAAUCAUUAUCAUAAAUCAUUUUUUUCUUUUUGUAGAAAAGCGAUGGGCAAAAGUUGUAUCUCACAAAUGCAUCACUAAUAUUUUUCAAUUAAUUAAUUUCUAUAAGGACAAUUGCCAUUUUCUGUCUCUCGGGGUUGAUUAAUUGAGAAAUUUGGGGUGAGUUUUCAGCGGUUUCCGUGCAUUUUCCCAUAAUACAGCUAAAGACCAGAGAGAUUUCUGAACAAAGCACGACUUUAUGUGAAAGUAUAAACAAUUAAAAUGAGCAAUGCAUUUAUUUUUAUAAGGAUUUCGCGAGGAAGUUGAACGGAAACAGCGCAAGAAACUCAGUAGAUUCAUUUGAUUGUAGGAUUGUAGCCAUGUUGAAGGUGUGUUAGAAGGACAAAUAGGUAGAAUACUGUGAAUUUAGCUAUUACUGGUAGAAAAUACAUUCGAGACAUUUUUAAAA